UUUUUAUACCUAUUUGAUUUUCGUCAUUUUGGCGCCGACAGUAUCGGUAGUAGUUAAUGGUGAAUUCGAAUUUAUAACAUAAUAACGAAACAUGAAUAUAGAUAAUAGAUAGAAGAAGAAUAUGGAGUUGGAAUAGUUUUAACUGUCAGUAAUAUUAAUCAGCUCUUUCACGUCUUAACGAACCAAGCAGUGACCGGUCCAUAGCCAUACACUAUAUAGGUCAGUGGAUUGGUACAUAUUAUUUCGUCAUCAUACUCUUUGGACAACAUAUCAAAUAGAAAUAUACAACAUAAUACUUUUCAUUUUGAAUAAAAGGUAAAUUUACAUAUUACCCAUUUAUCGAGAUAAUCUUAAGUGUAUAAAACCCUUAUUUGAUUCUCUUGGUAGUGAAAUUGUUAACAUUAUUGGAAUUGUAAGUGUAAAGUGGCAAAAUCAGUAGAAAAAUAUGGCAGAAAUUAGCGAAAAAUACAACACCAAAUGCCCCGGUGUAAAACGUCUGAUGCGAGAGGCCAUGGAGUUAGCGGAAGCUACAGAAGAAUACUGUGCGAGACCAUUAGACGAUAAUUUAUUUGAGUGGCACUUUACAAUACAAGGACCAAAAGGUACAGAUUUUGAAGAUGGGGUCUAUCAUGGCAGGAUACUGUUACCCAAGGAGUAUCCUAUGCAUCCACCUCAUAUAAUACUAUUAACACCGAAUGGGAGGUUUGAAGUUAACAAAAAGAUUUGUUUGUCCAUAUCUGGACAUCAUCCAGAGACAUGGCAACCUUCAUGGUCUAUAAGAACAGCUCUCCUCGCCCUGAUUGCCUUUAUGCCAACACCUGCAGAAGGUACUAUUGGAUCACUUGACUAUAGCCCAGCAGAACGCAAAGUUUUGGCAAAGAAAUCGAGAACUUGGUCUUGUUCAGAAUGUGGAGAAAUAAUAAAUUUACUAUCUUCAACUGCAGCAAAACCGAUAACUGAAGAAGAACAAUCUGUUUUAAACCAAAUUGCAUUUAAAGGUGAGGAUGAACAAGCUGCAAAGCCACCUGUGGAAGAGCCUGCACCAGAAAUUGAGCCUCAAGUAAUUGAAUCGUCUGACAACAGUACUACUUUCUUAGAUCAACUGACAGAGAUUCUUGUUGCACUACUUGUUGGGGCAAUAGGUAUAUUUAUUUAUAGACGCUGGAAUAUACAUCAAACCACAGCUAGUGAUGAUAUGUAAUGCAUUUGAUGAGAUUUCUAAAGUAUUUUAAGAUAAUGAUUGUUAAACACAAUGUUUUACUUUUAGUAAUUACAUACAAAUAUUUUUUUUAACCAAUAAAAAUCAACAAUCAUUUUCAAACAUUCAUAAGCUUCC